AUGCGCAAUUCAAUUAAUGACACUGUGCUCGGACUGACGCUCGGCGAGACCAAUCUCGACUCGUCCAAGCUCGACUCGCUCAUCGUCUCUACCUACAACAGGAGAGACUUUGCUGCAGCUCGUGCAGCUCAUGAUCGUGGUGAAGACCCUGCUGCUGCUUAUGAUGCGCUACAUGCUGAUGAUGAUGGCUACGCUGCCGGUGACGGUGGUGCCGCAGACAUGCACGCAGCUGCUCGUGCUGCCCAGGAGGCUCAUGCUGGUGGUGCCCGGACAGGCAACGAGGGCGGGAGCGGGCGGGCUGCGAACCCCAACGCGCCGAAGCGGUCGUCGCCGCUGGCGCGCUCUGCACAGGCGGCGGCAGCGUCGGGCGGUGACGACGGAAGCCGAGGCGGGCGGCGGAGCAUUGCGGCGCGCAAGGCCGAGCGGAGUGCCGACGACGAGGCGAUGGCGCGGCGGAUGCGGUCGCUCUCGUUCCACGCGCGGCAGGACGGGUGGAAGGCCGGCAUGCAGCGGUACACGGCACCGCCGUCGCGGCUCCGGAUGCAGCCCGGGCUGGAGGAUGCGCUGGCGCGGGCGGCAUCGGCAGUCCGCGACGCUCGCAAUGGACGGGCGACCAAGCAGCCCGAGGAGGCGUGGAAAUUUGCGGCGUACGAGUUCCACUACUCGUGGUUCUUCAUGCGGCUGCUCUUCCUCGCCUCGAUGGUCCAGCACGCCGCCAUUGUCUUUGAGCGGGCGUCGUACCGCAACGCGUCGAUCCUCCUUGAGCCGCGGUACUACGGCCUGCUCUUCACCGAGUUUGCCGUCCUUCUUGUCUUUUCUCUCGACGUCGGUCUCUCCAUCAUCCACCACGGGGCGAGCGGGUUCUGGCGCAAGCCGUGGCGCGCGGUCGCCGGCCUCUGCCUGGUCGUUUUCUGGGGCGACCUCAUUGCCUUUGCUGCCGGCUCACCGCUGCGGCUCUCGCGGGCCAUCCGACCGCUCUUCCUCAUUGCGCGGUGGCGGCGGGUCCGGACGACGCUCCGGGCCAUCAUCCGCACCUUUUGGCCACUGGUCCCUGUUUUGGGCAAGAUCGGCGUGGCGUGCUUCUCGUACGGCCUGGUCGGCGUGGCCCUCUUCCGCGGGCAGUUCCAGACGGGCGCAGCGUACGAGAACUUUGACAACAUCGGCUCGGCCGUCCUCGUUCUCUUUGUGGUCCUCUCCGGCCAGGGCUUGCCCGGGUACUGGUACACGGGCUCGGAUGUGAGCUCGGCCUCGCCGCUCUUCUUCGUCUCGUUCCUCCUCCUCAUGGGCUACCUGGUGACGACGGAGAUUGUGGCGGUGCUGAUGCGGUUCUACAAGGCGCAUCGGCGGUCGUCAGUUGUCUACGACCGGUGGAAGGAGCGGUCGUCGCUGGCGAGCGCUUUUCUGGUCCUCGCCCGGCCGUCGGCGUCGCAGACCAUCGGCCCGGACGCGCUGCCGGAGGAGGUCAUGCCGUGGUCGUCGAUGCUCGCACUGGGCAACAUCAUUGCGCCUGCGCUGCCAUCGUCGACUCUUCGCUCGCUCUUCAAGUCGCUGACGACUGAGGAGGAGCCCGAGGCCAUCGACAUGUCGGGCUUCUUUGUCAUCAUGGACGUGCUGUACCUGCGAUUCUCACCGCCGUCGCGCUUUGACGAUGUCGUCAAUGUCAUGCCGCACGUCGUUGCCCUCCGCGCCGUCGUCAUCUCGUCGUGGUACGUCUGGCUCAACCGGGCUCUCCUUUUUGCCUUUUGCGGCCUCGCCGCGUCGGUCACCGGCGCCUCGUUGCCGACCUCGGGCGAUGUGUCGACUAUCAUCGCCGGCGCCUUCCUUGGCGCCUUUGUCAUCGACCUCGUCAUCCGCGCCCUCGCCGCCGGCCCAGCCUUUUACGUGGACGUGUGGUCGCUCUUUGACACGGGCGUCAUGCUCGUGGCUUGCACCGCCUACGGCUUUCACCUCGGCGCCGACUACGCGCCGCAGUCGGGCGGCAACGCGGUGGCGUGGGCCGGAGUCACGCUUGUCUCGCUCCGGCUGCUGACCCAGUCGUCGUCAGUGCGGUCGCACGUGGAGAUGCUGCUGGCGGUCAUGCCCUCGCUCGGCCCCUCGCUUGCAUGCAUCGCCGCUCUUCUCUACUUUUUUGCCGUCCUCGGCAUGGAGCUCUUUGCCCGCCAGCUCGGCGGCCGCGCCACCUUUGACUCGUUUGGCGUUGCCCUGCGGACGCUCUUCCAACUCGGCACCGGCUCCAACUGGCAGCAGGUCAUGUACGCCACCAUGGACGCGACGCACCCGGCGGCCGCCAUCUACUUUGUAGCCGUCCUCUCGCUCCUCCUCCUCUUCUUCACCCGCCUUGUCUCCGCCCUUGUCCUGCAGAUCUUUACCCUCGUUGCCGACAUCCGUCAGGCCGAGGCGGCCCAGGCUGAGGAGAGCAAGGCCGGCCGGAGCGGGAGCGGGGCCGGCGGCGGCGGCGGCGAUGACGGCAUGCCUACCACCCCGCGCUCGGCCGCAGGCACCAUGGACUCGGACACCUCGGUCGACUCGUCGUCUCUCCCCUACGCCCGCCACCAUCUCUCAGCCUCGUCGUCCAAGCGCCGCAUGUCCGUCGCCCUCGUCGACGUGUCCGAGGGCGAGGCCCGCGCCGUCGACGAGGAAGUUCUCGCCAAGCGCCGGCCGUCAACGCCCAAUGGGCCUGCUGGCCGCAAGAACUCGGCUUCGAGCACUAAGUCGCUCCGCAAGAACUCGGGCCCUCGCCGCCGCCGGCCCGCUGUCCUCAUCACCCUUGACGAUACCGAUACCGAGAGCUCGGUAGCAUCGCUGGGUGGAACCGGGACCGGUGCCGUCGCCACCACCGGCAGCGGUAGCGGCAGCGACAGCGGCAGCGGCAGCGACGCCGACCAAGGGAACGAUGACGAUGACGAUGACGAUGAUUCGGCAGCGGUUGUUGCCCACGUCGCUGCCCCGUCGUCUGACUCGGGCGCCGUGUCGGGCUCGGGCGGAUCGAACGUGUAG